CUCAGAAGAGAUAGGUGGCAUUUUGGAAACUACAUUACCCAGACUGCAAAGCGCUAAACGGCGGCGGAGUUGAGCCAAUGACCAGGAUAGGGGCACUUUCGUGCUUUAGUACACGACGGAGCGAAACUUCCGGUGUCUUCCUCGUGGCGGUCCUUUUGGCUGCUUUCCUGUCGUUCACCUCCGUAGAACGUCCGCAGCGGGGGUAGAGGAUGAGGUACAUGACAGAGAAGGCGCGGAAAUAAGUCUGAGGCUCGGCGACGCCACGCCGGGUGAGCUGUGCCAAGCCCAGGAUAGGGACCGCUGUGUUGGAAUGCCUGCCCCGUUCGCCCGCCGCUCCCCGCCUGGUCGACAGAACUCAAUGGCGGCAUUCACGCUGAGGGACCCGGCUCGGGGUAUAACCUUUGAGGAUGUGGCCAUUUAUUUCUCCCAAGAAGAGUGGGAGCUCCUUGAUGAGGCUCAGAGGUUCCUGUACUGCGAUGUGAUGCUGGAGAACUUUGCACAUGUAACCUCCCUGGGUUAUUGCCAUGGGACAGACAAUGAGGCGAUAGCUUCUGAGCAGAGUGUAUCUGUAGGAGGAAAGUUACAGGUCAGGACUUCUAAGAGGGAUACACCCACCCAGAAAACUCACCUCAGUGAGGUUAAGGUGUGUGUCCCAGUCUUGAAAGACAUUUUGCCUGAGGCUGAGCACCAAACCACUUCGCCUGUGCAAAAGUCGUACUUGGGUGGCACAGCUGUGAGAGGCUUCUGUUUCAGUGCUGACCUUCGCCGGCACCAAAAGCAUAACAAUGAAGAAGAACCCUGGAAAAGGAAUGUGGAUGGGGCUACAUUUGUGACAGGCUGCAGAUUCCAUGUGUUGAAUUAUUUUACCUGUGGGGAGGACUUGCCAGCCUCCAUGGACCUUCUCCAACACCAAGCCACUCCUAGUGGUGAGGAGCCACACAGUAGCAGCAGCAAGCAUAUACAGGCAUUUUAUGGGGCAAAAAGUUGUUACCAGUGGGGUGAAUGCAAAAAAGCUUCAAGCCACAAACACACACUUGUUCAGCCUCAGAGUGUCUGCUCUGAAGAAGGGCUUUAUGAGUGUAGCAAAUGUGAGAAAGCCUUCACCUGCAAGAACACACUUGUUCAGCACGAACAAAUUCACACUGGACCAAAGACAUUUGAGUGUAAUGAAUGUGGGGAAUCCUUUAGCAAAAAGUGCCACCUAAACUUGCCUAAGAUAGUUCACACUGGAGAAGGGCCUUAUGAAUGCAGCAAUCAUGUGAAAGCCUUUAUCCAUAAAUCUGAAUUUAUUAACCACCAGAGACGUCACACCGGAGGAGUGCGUUAUGAGUGUGGUGAAUGUAGGAAAACGUUUAGCUACAAAUCUAACCUCAUUGAACACCAGAGAGUUCACACUGGAGAAAGACCUUAUGAAUGUGGUGAGUGCGGGAAAUCCUUUAGACAAAGCUCUAGCCUUUUCCGACACCAGAGAGUUCACUCUGGAGAAAGGCCUUAUCAGUGCUGUGAAUGUGGGAAAUCCUUUAGACAAAUCUUCAAUCUCAUUCGACACAGAAGAGUUCACACUGGAGAAAUGCCUUAUCAGUGCAGUGAUUGUGGGAAAGCUUUUAGCUGCAAAUCAGAACUCAUUCAACACCAGAGAAUUCACAGUGGAGAAAGACCUUAUGAGUGCCGCGAAUGUGGGAAAUCCUUUAGGCAAUUCUCUAACCUUAUUCGACACCGCAGCAUUCACACUGGUGAUAGGCCUUAUGAGUGCAGUGAAUGUGAGAAAUCAUUUAGCCGCAAAUUUAUUCUGAUUCAACACCAAAGAGUUCACACUGGAGAAAGGCCUUAUGAAUGCAAUGAAUGUGGAAAAUCUUUUACCCGCAAAUCUGACCUCAUUCAACACAGGAGGAUUCAUACUGGCACAAGACCUUAUGAGUGCAGUGAAUGCGGCAAAUCUUUCAGACAGCGCUCUGGCCUGAUUCAGCACCGAAGACUUCAUACUGGAGAAAGGCCUUAUGAGUGUAGUGAAUGUGGAAAGUCCUUUAGCCAAAGUGCUAGCCUCAUUCAACACCAGAGGGUUCACACUGGAGAAAGACCUUAUGGAUGUAGCGAAUGUGGGAAGUCCUUUAGCCAGAGCUCUAGCCUCAUUCAGCACCAGAGAGGUCACACUGGAGAAAGACCUUAUGAGUGCAGUGAAUGUAGGAAACCCUUUACCCACAAAUCUGACCUUAUUCAGCACCAAAGAGUUCACACUGGAGAAAGGCCUUAUGAAUGCAGUGAAUGUGAGAAAUCCUUUAGCCGCAAAUCUAACCUCAUUCGACAUCAGAAAGUUCACACUGAAGAAAGGCCUUAAAUGUCAAGGGAAGGUGCUAUUUCUUUAUUCAGUAUAAUAGCACUGGAGGAGACUGGGAGCCAUCCUCCUAAAUUUAAACUUUGAUCAUCUACAAUGGGGGAUUCUGUGUAAGCUUCAGGUAUGUGGGAAGCUUUGAGGUGGUUCAUUGUAAUUUGUAAUCUGCGCAGGGCCAUAGCCUGAUUGAUGUCACUGCCUAUUUCUGAGACUGAAGCCAUUUCACCUCUGCCACCUGGCAGGUGCACGUCAUGUGCAUGAGUCAGUGCCCUACAGUGCUCAAGGAAGCAAACCUCUGUAUUCUCCCAUUUGCUUGGGGAAAUUAUUAAUAGGUCAAGCAAGUAGGGGGUCCUCAUGUCCUUUCUCUGACUUUAGAGUAUAGACCUGUCCCAUUUUUGGUCUAGAGGAGUCAAUGUGAGUUGCGCUGUCUGCAUUCUAAGAAGGAUUACUUUUUUUAGGGACGCUGUUCUUUUCACAUGAUGCUUGUAAUGAAUUUUUCCAUCUUCUGAUUCACCAAUUUGGAAACUACUUGGUGUACAUUGCUCUGAUUUAUAAUCUUUUUGUAAAGGUUGUAAAAAGGCCAG